GAAACAGAGAGUAAAAAAUUUCACAAAAAAUUUGCCCGUCCAUCAUCGCUAUUUGGUUGAAAAGAAAUGCAUGUUUAAUUUAUUUGAUUCGCAUUAUUAUCUGGUAUUUCUCUGUUUGGAUUUCAUUCGAUAAUGAUGGGAACCUGUCGAUUUUCUCUGCUGCUGGGCAUCUUCUUUCUGCUUUCAAUUCCCAGAUCAGGUUCUGCUGCGUCGAAAGAUUCACUUGGAAUUGCUCCCGAAGAUGAGAAAUACUUCAAGGGAGAGAUUAUUAAAUGCAAAGAUGGAUCAAAAAAAUUUACCAAAGCUCAGAUGAACGAUGACUUCUGCGACUGCCCGGAUGGAACUGAUGAGCCAGGCACAUCGGCAUGCCCGGGAGGGAAGUUCUAUUGUCAAAACGCAGGAUAUGUCCCUUCUUCACUGUUCUCUUCGAGAGUCAAUGAUGGCAUUUGCGAUUGUUGUGAUGGGAGUGAUGAAUAUGAUGGUAAAGCGAAGUGUCCGAACACAUGUUGGGAAGCUGGUAAAGUGGCUCGAGAUAAACUGAACAAAAAGAUUGCAACAUAUAAGGAGGGGGUCAUUAUAAGGAAGCAGGAAGUAGAACAAGCAAAACAAGCAAUAGCCAAAGAUGAAGCAGAAUUAUCGAAGCUGAAAAAUGAGGAGAAGAUACUUAAGGAUCUUGUUCAGCAGCUAAAAGGUCGUAAGGAACAGAUAGAGAAGGCAGAAGAGCAAGAGCGCUUGGAGAAAGAGAAAGAAGAGAAGAGAAAAAAGGAAGCCGAGAAGAAAGCUGAUGAGGAAAAGAAUCAAGCCACUGAAACUUCUUAUGAUGAUGUAAUUGGGCUUUUGGAGGACCCUUCAGAUGAAACUAAAGUGUUUGAAGCUGAGAAGAAAGCUGAAGAGGAAAAGAAUCAAGCCACUGAAACUUCUUAUGAUGACAUAAUUGGGCUUGUUGAGGACCCUCCCGAUAAAACUAAAGUGUUUGAAGCUGAGAAGAAAUCUAAUGAGGAAAAGAACCAAGCCACUGAAACUCUUUAUGAUGACAUAAUUGGGCUUGUUGAGGACCCUCCAGAUAAAACUGAAGUGAAUGAAGUAUCUGAUAAUACUGAGGGAUUGUCAAAAGAAGAGUUGGGACGUCGUGUUGCUUCUCGUUGGACAGGAGAAAAUACCGCAUCAAAAACCAAGGAAUAUAAUGCUGCAGAAGGGGAAGGCCAUAAAAUUGCUGAAGAGGCCCCAGAGAGCAAACGCGAUGAAGUCUAUGGACAUUAUGCUUCAGAAAAUGAUGAGGAUGACCCAAUAUAUGAUGAUGAAGACAUUGAAGAUGGAGAUAUCAAUGAUGAGUUGAAUGAAGAGUAUCAUGAUGAUUCUAGCACUUCCUACAAACCUAAAUCCGAAGACCAAACAGAUUUUUCAGAUAUUAAAACAAGUCGGCCAUCUUGGUUGGAGAAGAUGCAACAAAAAGUUUUUAAACUUUUACAGAAGCUUAAUCUGUUCCAGACUCCAGUGGAUAAAUCAGAAGCUGCUCGUAUUCGAAAGGAAUAUGAUGACUCCAAUUCAAAGUUGACUAAAGUACAGUCAAGAAUAUCAACUCUGACUGAAAAGCUAAAACAUGAUUUUGGUCAGCAUAAGGAAUUUUAUUCAUUUUAUGACCAUUGCUUUGAGAACAAGCAGAACAAGUACGUCUACAAGAUCUGCCCAUUUAAAAAAGCUUCCCAGGUGGAAGGUCAUAGUACCACCCAAUUAGGGCACUGGGAGAAAUUUGAGGACUCAUACAAAGUCAUGAUAUUCUCACAUGGUGAUAGAUGCUGGAAUGGGCCUGAUAGAAGCUUGAAGGUACCAGAAACCAUUGUAAAGCUUAGGUGUGGAUUGAAGAAUGAGCUAGCUGAUGUAGAUGAACCCAGCCGUUGUGAAUAUGUAGCAGUGUUGUCAACCCCUGCUCUAUGCUUAGAAGAAAAGCUUAAGGAACUGCAAGAUAAGCUAGAUUUAAUGAACAGAGGACAACCACAGAGCCACGAUGAGCUUUAAACUGCUUGUAUUUACCAGGGAUGCGCUCAGGCAUUUGAAUGGGAGCACUAUAUAGAUUUCUUGAUGUAGAGAUGUUCAAAGGGUCUUUUGGGGCCAGUCAUCUGGAGACUACAAGCCAAAUGUGUAGUAGCCUCCUGAAGUUUUUUCGAUUUUUUAGCUAGUUUAGCAUUAGAGUUGUAAUUCUCUCCAAAGAUGACUCAAUAUUGAGCUAACUUUUGAUUCUAAUAUUAACCAGUCUAUUUGCAUCCAACCUUGCUGAGAUUUAUCACCAUUACAAAUUGGUGUGGUCAGUUUUAUGUCA